CCGGGCAGGAGGCACCUCCCACUCGGCUCACCCCUGACCGUGGCUUGGGGCUCUGAGGGUCUGCGGCGCUGCCCCCUCCCGGCGUCGCCCCCUCUGCGCGGUAGGCAGUUUCCAGACGGCGGAAGAGCCCGACUUAACUAUCUCCAAUGGCUAACGAAGCUUAUCCUUGUCCCUGUGACAUUGGCCAUAAGAUAGAGUAUGGAGGGAUGGGGCAUGAAGUUCAAGUUGAGCACAUCAAGGCCUAUGUCACCAGAUGCCCUGUUGAUGCUGGCAAAGCCGUGAUUGUCAUUCAAGAUAUAUUCGGCUGGCAGUUGCCCAAUACCAGAUAUAUGGCUGACAUGAUUGCCGGAAACGGAUACACAACCAUUGUUCCAGACUUCUUUGUAGGGCAAGAGCCAUGGCACCCCUCUGGGGAUUGGUCCACCUUUCCGGAGUGGCUGAAAACAAGAAAUGCCAGAAAGAUCGAUAAAGAGGUUGAUGCUGUCUUGAGGUAUCUGAAACAACAGUGUCAUGCCCAGAAAAUUGGCGUCGUGGGGUUCUGCUGGGGAGGAGUUGCAGUCCAUCACGUGAUGAUGAAAUACCCGGAAUUGAGGGCAGGAGUGUCUCUCUAUGGCAUCAUCAAGGAUUCAGAAGAUGUGUAUAGUUUGAAGAACCCCACAUUGUUCAUUUUUGCUGAAAAUGAUGCUGUGAUUCCUCUUGAGCAAGUCUCUUUGCUGACCCAGAAGUUGAAAGAACACUGCAAAGUGGAAUAUCAAAUUAAAACAUUUUCUGGGCAAACUCAUGGGUUUGUGCAUCGAAAGAGAGAAGAUUGUUCGCCUGAAGACAAGCCCUACGUUGACGAGGCAAGAAGGAAUUUACUUGAAUGGCUGAACAAGUACAUUUAGGAGUGGCCAGUGCAAACUUUCUGAAGCUUUUGUCCAGAAAUAGUCUUUGAAAUACUUAGAUCAUUUGAUUUAAUUUCUGUUUAUAUAAAAUAAAUCAAGGAAUCCUGAAAUUCAUGAUUUCAUCCGAAACAGAAAUUCAGUAGGAAAUGUUAAUGUUUGAAAUUACUUCUUUUUAACAUGCACCUAAAUAAAAAUUUUAAAAACAGAUUAGUACCUGAAGAAUUUGAUUGCUAGAAUAAUAUCCUAUUAAUAAAAACCUGGGGCUAUUUCGGUCCAGCUGACAGCUCAGGUGUGACCUUCCUGGGCUGUAAUGGACGACAACCUUUAAAAUGACUAAUGUUGCAAAGCCAUGACGACAUGAACUGUAAACUCAGGUAGACUGAGAGCCCAGCUUAAUUAGACGUUUAUCUGUGUCUUAAUACAAAUGACUUUCAUGUUUAUAUAUGGCACUGUAAAAAAUAAAGAUUAAAAUAGGGUUCUAUGGGCCUAAUUAUAUCAAGCUAAUAAA